UGCAGUUCGGAUUUUACGCUUUAACCACCAGCUAGUACGCUCUUUGUUGGCUUCCAGGCCAGUAAGGCUUAGGAUUCCAAUCCCGCCAUUCUCUAUGCCCGCCACUCGUUUCCCGCCUGCCCCGCCGUCGUCGCCCGCCAUGAUGCGCCCUAACGUCAUCGUUUUCCCUCCAGAGGAAGACAGGGAGGAGCCUUUUUGCUGCUACGAUCCCGACGACCCUGUCGACCAUGACUCUCACAUCCUAGCCGAUGCUAUCCACCGUCUCGUUCCUUCCCACAACACUGCCGAGCUCCUUCUCGAAGACCUUGACGUUGAUGACGCCGACUUUCUCGUCGGUAAUGACCCUGAAGACGACUCCGAAAUAUACGAAGUCGUCCGUGUCAGCCGUCACCAGUCGCGCAGUCCACCAUUGCCUCAGCCACCACCGCCCCCACCACACCAGCAAAAACGGUCCAAGACGUCCUUCUUCAAGGCAACCAAGGCAUUAAUACGGCCCAAGGCCCAGCCGGUGCUCCCCCCUCCCCUGCGUACGCGGCAAAGCAAUGCGUCAUUAUACAACGAGUUCCCUCAUCCGGAUGAUGAGGAAGAAGAGAAUGUCGACUGUCGCGCACCGUCACCUUCACCGACAACCCGUUCAUACAUGACUAGACGCCUCAGCAUGCUCAACCUCUUUUCCUCCUCUUCACCCAGCCUGCCUUCCAUGUCUCGUACUUCAGAUUCAUCCUCGUCUUCAUCGUCUGGGCCAGGUACCCCUGUUGAUACAGAACCCAGGAGGAGUACCUCCAUACUCAACUUGCGCAGGUUCCCGUCAUUCCGGAGAGAGAAGGGCAGUGCAAGGAGCAGGGCGAAGGAGAGUGUGUCGGCACCGCAAAUCUAUCAGCCACCACCAGCUCCCCCAAUUCUUGGCGCGGAUACCAGCAUCGAGAUGCGACUAGAUUCGCUACAUUUUGACGACCUAUCCUUUGAUCCAGACCGAUUUUGAUAUCGAUUACCCUUGCAUUCCUUUCGCUUUCUUAUGUAUGAUUUAAGUUCAUCACGACUCGUUACAUACAUGUCAUUAUCCUACUAUUAGUACUUUUCAGACAAAACUGGCACGCUAUUCGUCAGUUACAUCGUUUUUGAAAUAAAGUUGUAACUCACUUAAUGUCACCAAUGAUGUCCAGC